GUGGAGACUGGACUUUUUAGACAGGCAUACUGGAAGUGUGUGCACUCUGCUGUAGUCCAAGCUGAAGGAGUGAAGACUUUCAGUUGGUAUCAUGGCUGCAGGGUUAUUCUUUGGGUUCCUGCUCCUUGGAGUGUUCCUCAGUCAGCUGAAUGCAUCAAGACCAGCUAUAAACCAGGAGCUUUCUACCAUUUUUAAUGAGCUGUGGAGGUUGGAUGUGAAUCGCAUGACGCCUGGGAUAGACUACACAAUCUCUGUUCAGGGCAGAGCAAGCUUUGUAAGCCAGGGCAGCCAUGUUGUGCAGGAUCACGCCUCACAGCCACUCUUCUCCAACGUUAAUGAGAGCAAACUGAGAAACAUAACCACUUUCUCUCGCUUCAUGACGCUCCUGGACAACUAUGAGAGGUCUACAGGCAUGACAGAACGAGUCACCGCAGACGAGCUCACAGAGAUGAGUCUCUUCUUGGAUGCCAUCUUGGAGACUCAAGUCAUGAAGCGGGCUCAUCAGUACCUGGUGAGAAAAGGACAGUCCAGCUCUGAUUUGAGGCUGUUCAAGAAUCAGCUCAACUUGAUCUGGUUCCACCUCUACCACAGACAGAGAAACACUGGCCUGGACUCCUGUGGAUUUGAACACGUCUUUGUUGGAGAGACAAAAUCAGGAACAGAAAUUAUUGGUUUUCACAACUGGGUUCAGUUCUACCUGCAAGAGAAAAGCCGACAUUUGGACUACAAAGGAUACAAGGCCAGGGUGCAUGAUUUGCCUGAUCAAGAUGAUCACGUUCUGAACCUCCAGUUCAGCUGGCACGGUGUGGUGAAGCCCACUAGCAGCGCCUUCAUUGGCACAAGCCCUGAGUUUGAUAUGGCUGUCUUCACCAUCGUCUUCCUCAUGAGCACGGAGAGAAGCACCACAGUCGUGGUCAACAUCGACCAGUGUCAGAUGGAGUUGGUGGUCGUCAGACACGGGCGCUCCCUCGGGACGGCAUACCCCAAACUGCUCAGCAGCAACAGCAGACAUGUCAGCCAGCAUGCACGCUGAUGUGGAGCCAUCACUUUAUUCACAUCUGAUAAAAAGUGAUCUAUAUUCAACAAUAUGUGGCUCCAUUCAUAAGGCACAGACCUGCCUGAUGUACAUGUACAUAUUUCUCAGGUUUGCUGUAAACUCAA